UUCGUUCUUAUCGUAGAAAUACGGUGGAGUAGGGUAAUUGUAUAUUUCCUUGACUCUUUGGGCAGUAUUCAGACCUUGCAUAUAUUGUGGAAAGCGUUUUUUUUUAUCGCAUUAUUAAGGCUUCAUUGCUACAGCGUGUACAAAAUUGCUUCCCGUCUGUGCCUUUUGCAUUGGCCUUAAAUCAUUCCUAGUAAACAAUGCGAAAUUCCAUCAUAAGCAACGCUGUUGUCAGUUAGGUGUAAUGCAAAAAUGAAUUUUUUGCCAGCACUGCCUAAGAAAGUUCUAAGAUGCUUAUACUCCAAAAAAUGGUUUAUGAGCACGAGCAGGUAAUGUGGAAAAAAACCAUCAUUGACGUCCCUUGUGAAAUUCGACGUCGCUGAAAUUCGUCAUUAGACUUGUAUGAGUAGCUUUAAUUGCAGGUAAAUGUAACGAAAACAGAGACGAGACGGGGGCAGCAACGGUGACAGUGAGUUUUAGCCGUUUGAAAUUGCCUUCAUUUCUGCCCUCGUUAGUCCUGAUAAUUCUGAAGACUUAAAAUAAACACACGGGAUCCUCAUCGAUGCAAUGUUGACGUUCAUAUAUCAAGUGUCACUUUUCCUCUCGGUUGGAGUACUGCACGCUUCAAGUUGGACCGAAACAAAUGGUCCAUAUCUGAAAGAUGAUCUGGAACAUCAUGGAAAAUGCGAGCCUAUCACCGUCAAUUUAUGUAUGAACAUAGAAUACAAUGAGACCAUUAUGCCGAAUGUACUCAACCAACAGAAGCAAGAACAAGCUAAUGCAGAGUUACAUAAAUUUGCUCGCUUCAUGAAACAUGAUUGCAGUCCAGUUUUACAGUUCUUUUUGUGUUCUAUGUAUGUACCAGUUUGUACAAUUUUAAGACAAGCGAUACCUCCCUGUAGAGAUGUGUGCGAGAGUGCACGCAGUGGUUGUCAAGCGAUAAUGAACCUUUUUGCGUUUGAAUGGCCUAAGGAAUUGGAUUGCUCAAGACUGCCAGAAUACAGUACUGAAUUAAAUGCAACAAUUUGUGUGAGAACCAACGAAACUGUCCCAUCAGAAUCUCCAACUAUGAGAGAUCCACCUUUACGAGUUUCAGAUGUUGAAUUUCAACCAUCAUGGAACAAUGAAUGGAAACCAUAUGGCAAUGGCUUAAUACCUGGGGCUCGAGACUAUGGUUUCGUAUGUCCAGUACAGUUUAAAGUACCUCGUGACUUUAGCUAUGUUCUCAAGGUAGGCGAUAAAAUUGAAGAAGACUGUGGAGCACCUUGCGACGGAAUGUUCUUCACAGAAAGAGAGCGAAGAUUUUCAAGAAUUUGGAUUGGCAUGUGGGCUUCUCUAUGUGCCGUGUCGUGCUUCUUCACAUUUCUUACAUUUCUGAUUGACACGGACAGAUUCAGAUAUCCCGAACGCCCAAUUAUCUUUUUAUCCGUUUGCUACUUGAUGGUAGCUCUAGCGUAUACAAUCGGUUGGGCAGCAGGGAAUUCAAUUUCUUGCAGAGAACCUUUUCCACCACCAGUGGAUAUUCGCGUUCAAAUGGCAUCAACGAUCACGCAGGGAACUAAACAUGAAUUAUGCACCGUGUUGUUCAUGAUUUUAUACUUUUUUGGUAUGGCUUCGAGCAUAUGGUGGGUAGUUCUUACAUUGACGUGGUUUUUGGCCGCUGGCCUAAAAUGGGGUCACGAAGCAAUAGAGGCCAACUCACAGUAUUUCCAUUUAGCUGCGUGGGGAGCACCAGCAAUUAAAACUGUCACUAUCCUUGCUAUGGGAAAAGUUGAAGGAGAUAUACUGUCUGGUGUCUGUUACGUCGGUCUAUGGAACGUUGAGGCAUUACGAGGAUUUGUCCUGGCACCGCUCUGUGUUUAUCUAGUUCUUGGAACUGCUUUCCUCCUCGCUGGAUUCGUUUCUUUGUUUCGGAUACGCACAGUAAUGAAGCACGAUGGAACGAAAACCGACAAGUUGGAGAAACUCAUGAUACGCAUCGGUAUUUUCUCCGUGUUGUACACUGUACCUGCCUUGAUCGUAAUUGCUUGCCUUUUUUACGAGCAAGCUUACUUCGAUCACUGGAUGCUGACCUGGAAUAUGGAAAUGUGUUCUCGGCCAGGACCUCAGUCUCUCUACUCGAUUCCCUGCCCUGUCGGAGAACGAGCUCGUGAUCUAGGUCGACGUCCGGACUUUGAGGUUUUCAUGAUCAAAUACUUAAUGGCUAUGAUAGUCGGAAUAACAAGCAGUUUUUGGGUCUGGUCGAGCAAGACUCUCACCAGCUGGAAACAAUUUUUUAAUCAUAUCCAAGGCAGACGUACCGAAGCCUAUGUUUAAUCAUGGGUGAAAAAUUUAUGAAAUGCCCUACCUUGGCGCAGCAUUAGAAAGACGUGCAAUUGCAGUCUAUUGUAAGCAAUUGCGAGACUGAACAAACAUGUAGUACGAAUAGAUUUGUGCCGAGCACAAAUCUACGAACUGUAAUCUUGAACACUAUACGAUCUUUUAUUUUAUUUUAUUUUAUUUUUUUUUAAUAUUACGUUCAUUCGGCUUAAAGUUUACAUCUUACUAGCCACAUAUAUCACUAUGGUGAAUCCUCAUUUACUUGUCCGUCCGAUGUAGGAAAACGGAAUAACUAUAUUUGUUAUUUGUACCUUCCAAAUGUCGAUACUUGGAUUGUACGUCCAAUUCCGAAUUAGACCUAUAUUUAUACGUGCUUUAAAUCGUGCUGUAAAGAAUUUUUGUGAAUGUCAAUUAGUACGAUUUAUUCCUACUACUAUGGGUACUAUGACAUGAUACUUUUUUUUAUCUAAUGAUCACAUUACCGCUGAUAACCGCACGAAGAAAAUAUUAAUCAAAAGUAGAACUACGUCGAUUUGCAUAAAUUGUACUGGAUCUCCAGUCGCAGAAAUGUAUAAAUGAACAAUCGACUCAAAACUUGAUUUAUUAAGGAGACGACCGUCUUCUUACUUAUUUAGUACAAACGUUCGUUGUCGGAACUUAUUGCGUACAGUGCGUAGGUAAUAAUAAAUGAAAGCAUCGGAACCGAAAUAUGCUCAUAUACAUUGUUAAAACGAUCAUUGUCUUUACUUUUUUAUGCAUACAAAUGUAUAUAUAUUUCAUGUAAACAAAUUUCAUAUAAAUGAAAUCAAACAUUUGAGUA